AGCUGAUCUCAUCAAUUACAAUUGACUCCAACACAAUAUUUUUCUAUAUAUUCUCUCAUUUGCCUCCAUUUCUUCUCUUCAAACCAUUCCCUUUAAUUCCUUUCCUUACUUCUCUAUUAUCUCUUCAAUAUUUCUAACACUUCAAUAUCUCUUAAAAUUCUCUUCUUAUAAUGGGUGAGAAAAAAGAAGAAACUAAAGCAGAAGGAGGAGAAAAGAAGAAUGACGCCGGCGGCGACAAAAAGUCCGGCGGUGAAGCCGCCGGUGGAAAAAAGGACGACGGCCCUACCGCAAUAAUAUUAAAGCUUGACUUGCAUUGUGAAGGUUGUGCCAAAAAAGUCAAACGUUCAAUUCGCCAUUUUGAAGGUGUAAAUGACGUAAAGGCAGAUUGUGGCAGUGGGAAAUUGACGGUGAAAGGGAACGUGGACCCCACAUGGCUAAGAGAAAAAGUAGAAAGCAAAACAAAGAAGAAGGUGGAGCUUGUUUCUCCUCAGCCGAAGAAGGACGGCGGCGGCAGUGGCGGAGAUAAAAAGUCCGAUGAGAAAAAGCCUGAGGAAAAAAAGGCUGAGGAGAAAAAUCCUGAAGAUAAGAAGCCUAAAGAGCCACAAGGUAGUACAGUGGUGUUGAAGAUUCGGUUGCAUUGUGACGGGUGUGCGCACAAAAUAAAGCGAAUUAUAAAGAAAAUUGAUGGGGUAGAAGAAGUCAAAGUAGAUUCGGAAAAAGAUUUGGUUACGGUAAAGGGAACAAUGGACUUAAAAGAGCUAAUUCCUUAUUUGAAAGAUAAAUUAAAACGAAAUGUAGAAAUUGUUCCACCAAAAAAAGAUGAUGGAGGUGGUGAAAAGAAAGGCAAAGAAAGCGGCGGUGACGGCGGCGGUGGCGAAGAGAAGAAAGAAAAAGAAGGCAGUGGCAGUGGCGGUGGGGGAGAGAAAAAAGAAGGAGGUAGUGGCGAAGACAAGAAGGAGAAAAAAGAGGGUGAACCAAAAGCAGAAGGAAGUAAAAGUGUAGAGACAAAAGCCGAAGUGAAUAAAAUGGAAUACUAUGGUUAUAAUCCACAAACACAUUAUGCAAUGCCUAUGUACAAUCAAAGUUAUAUGAACCAAGACUAUGGUGUAACAAUGUAUGAUCAUGGUUAUAAUGCUCAUACGGGCUAUGUCAUGGAGUAUGGCCACCACCCGUCAUCAUACGUGCCGCCAUCACCACCACCAACAUACUUGAACAACGCACCUCAAAUGUUCAGUGACGAAAAUCCUAACGGUUGUUCAGUCAUGUGAUAUAAACAACCAUGCGUUACAUCGUCUCAUUGAGGGAGAGAGUUCAAGAAAAUUUGUAAAUACAUAAAAUAUACAGUCUCAAGGGAACGUUUCAAUAACUAAGAGAACACAAUGAACAGUAGUUUCACUGGUUCAAAUGAGAAAUUUUCUCUACUUUGUGUUACAUGUGUGAAAAGAAUCACAUAUGAGGACCCACUUGUGAGAUCACAUUGUAUAUUAUCGUUGUAUACGAUAUAGUAUAUAUGAGGACAUAGUUUCCUUUAGGGAAAUGUCAAUAGGAUAGAGAAGAAUGGUUAAACCGCCGGCCGGUUUAAUUAGGUUAUUAUAUAAUUAGGUUUAUCUUUUGACUUGUAUGUUAUUAGCUAGUAAUAAUAUACUUAUUCAAUUUUGUGCCCAUAUA